AUGGCUUCCAAAUGCCUCAAGGCCAGCUUUUCCUCAGGGUCUCUCAAGGGCCCGGGAGGGGGCUACGGGGGCUCCGCACGUGUGUCCACCGUGUACUCCAGCAGCUCUUGCAGGCUCCUGGGCCUCCCCCGGGGGGCCCGGAGCUUCUCCACCUGCUCCGCGGGGCUGGGCAGGAGCAGCCGCAGGGCUGCCAGCUGCCUCCCCACUCUCUGGCUCCCAUCUGGAGGCUUUGUCACCAGCUACAGUGUCAGUGGGGGCUGGUUUGGGGAGGGCAUCCUCACCGGCAGCGAGAAGGAGACCAUGCAGUUCCUGAACGACCGCCUGGCCAGCUACCUGGAGAAGGUGCGGCAGCUGGAGCAGGAGAACGCCAGCCUGGAGAGCCGCAUCCGCGAGUGGUGUGAGCAGCAGGAGCCCUACCUAUGCCCCGACUACCAGUCUUACUUCCGGACCAUCGAGGAGCUGCAGAAGAAGACUCUGUGCACCAAGGCGGAGAACGCCCGGCUGGUGGUCGAGAUCGACAAUGCCAAGCUGGCCGCGGACGAUUUCAGGACCAAGUAUGAGAUGGAGGUAUCCAUGCGGCAGCUGGUGGAGUCGGACAUGAACAGCCUGCGCAGGAUCCUGGACGAUCUGACCCUGUGCAAGUCCGACCUGGAGGCCCAGGUGGAGUCCCUCAAGGAGGAGCUGCUCUGCCUCAAGAAGAACCACGAGGAGGAAGUGAACACGCUGCGUUGCCAGCUUGGGGACCGGCUCAACGUCGAGGUGGACGCCGCCCCGCCCGUUGACCUCAAUCGGGUCCUGGAGGAGAUGAGGUGCCAGUACGAGACCCUGGUGGAGAAUAACCGCCGGGACGCCGAAGACUGGUUCAACACCCAGACGGAGGAGCUGAACCAGCAGGUGGUGUCCAGCUCGGAGCAGCUGCAGACCUGCCAGGCAGAGAUCAUCGAGCUGAGACGCACGGUCAACGCCCUGGAGAUCGAGCUGCAGGCCCAGCACAGCAUGAGAGAUGCUUUGGAAUCCACCCUGGCGGAGACAGAGGCCCGCUACAGCGCCCAGCUGACCCAGAUGCAGUGCAUGAUCACCAACGUGGAGUCCCAGCUGGCCGAGAUCCGGGCUGACCUGGAGCGGCAGAACCAGGAGUACCAGGUGCUGCUGGACGUGCGGGCCCGGCUGGAGGGCGAGAUCGCCACGUACCGGGGCCUGCUGGAGAGCGAGGACUGCAAGCUCCCCUGUAACCCAUGUGCUCCUGAGCCCUCGCCCUCCAAGUCGUGCCUCCCCUGUCUCCCUGCAGCCUCCUGUGGCCCCGCCACAGCCCGCGCCACCUGCAGCCCCCGCCCCCUCUGUGCGCCCUGCCCAGGAGGCCGGUUCUGAGAGGGACUGGCCCAGAAAGUCAAGGCCAUUGUCUCCAGGGCUUGGACUUGGCCACUCCUGAACCCUAACCCUAAAGCCCGAUCCCUUCUCUUUGUGCAGAGCCCAGGGCCUGGCCCCGAGGGGCCUCACGGCAAACACAGGCCAUAAGGUUUCUCAGACCCUGUCACUAAGGCUGGCCGCGCC